GGUUAUAUGAAUAUACUGUAAGAUGACAGAUUAGUAAACAAUGGAGUUAGUGGGUUUUAAACCCAAGCAUAGUUGAUUCUAUUGAGGCCACAAAGGUAUAACGAAUGCGUAUAAAAGUCUGGGUAUAUUCCCCAGUUUUGAAUCUUGCGUUAUGUUCCUAUGUACUAUUGAGUUAUUUGAAAGCAGCAAAGAUUCUAAGCAAAAUGUCUGGGAAAGUCUACUUCAUCUCUGGUGGUAACCGUGGUAUUGGCUUUGAAUUUGUUAAACAUUUAUCGUCAAAUCCAGAAAAUACUGUUAUUGCAAGUGCUAGAGAUCCGUCAAAUGCUACAGAGCUUCAAGCUUUGGUUAAUAACCAAGGAAAUGUCAAAGUUGUUGAAUUAGAUGUCUCUGAAAAGGCUUCAAUUGAAUCAUUGGAUUCUCAAUUAAAGAAAAUAGCUAAAAAUGGUAUUGAUGUUUUGAUUUCAAAUGCUGGUAUUGCUCAAUCUUUUGAGACUGCCAUUAAUACUGAUCAAGAAACUUAUGAAAAACACUAUAGAACAAAUGUCCUUGGCCCAAUAUUCUUGACAAAAGCAGUUUACCCUUACUUAAAAUUGAAAGAAACAAGACACUUGAUUUAUAUCUCAAGUAUAGCUGGUUCAAUUGGUGCUCAAAUUCCAUUCACCUCCUCAGCUUAUGGCCAGUCCAAAGCUGCUUUGAACUAUAGUGUUGAAGAGAUUAGUUUUGAAUUAGGUCCUGAAAAUUUCAUUGCUGUUGCAUUACACCCAGGUAUGGUUGAAACCGAUAUGGGUAAAGUUGGUAUUGAGUGGUUCUUAAAUAAUACCCCAGAAGUUAGUGAAGCUUUCAAGCACGUCCCGAUUCUUUCACCAGAAAAUAGUACAAAAUUACUAUUGGAAAACGUAAUCUCAAAGUUAAACAAGGACAUGAAUGGUCAGUUCCUUGACAAUGAAGGUAAAGAAGUAGUUUAUUGAGUGCUUAUACUCUUCAAUAUAUUUAUUUUCUCUGAACAGCCAAGUGUAGUUAAAAAAAGACAUCCAUCAUUUUCAUAGUAAACUU